CGGUGAACCCGAUAGACCCACUAGAAACCGGGUCUCACCGAAACAGACUGGAAGCUUUUAAACAAUCGCCAUUUUGGGUUCCUACUUGCCAUUCCCAAUUCUCUUUUGCAUUCAAGCUUCCACCUGCUGUUAUCAGCUUCUCAUUCGCCUCCCUCUAGCUCUCACAUACUUCGCCGACGGUGAGGGUUGGACAUUGACUCUCCGGCGUUUCACUUCUCACUUCCGGUUCGGAAUUUGAUUGCGUUCACUCAACACGGACAGACGAUACAAAUGACACAGAGUUAUCGCUUUCUGUUUUGACUCUUGAUUCUGUUACUCAAGCUUUGGCUCCGGUGACAGUUGGAUAAUUGUAGUUCCGGCAGUUUAAGGUACCAUUUGAGAUAGGGUUGCAAUUAUUUUGAAUUGUUGGUUAUAAAUGGUUAAUGUGGCUUGGUUCUUCAAGUUGAUGAGUUCAAGUUACAAAAAUUGAUGGGUUUUUCCACUAAUUGAUGAGUUACUUGCUGUUUGAUUAGUGUUUGAGAAACAAAAAUUGAUGGGUUGAUGGUUCUUCUCUGUGUAAUUUUACUUUACCAUUGAUUCUUAAAAUCCAAUUUCUUUAGCUAGUAGAAGCCGGAGCAUAAUUUUUUUAUUAUUAAUUGGUAACUAAAUCUUUUUUUUUUUUUUUUGGGGAGGGGGUGGAGGUCAUUGCUUAUCAGCCAUUUAACACAACCAUCUCUAAGGGCGGCGGGUGCGUGGUUAUCAUUGCUUGUCCGCCAUUUAACACAACCAUCUCUCUUAUAAUGAUAAUUUCAUCCUGGGUUUGUUUCUAAUGCUUUUUUACCCCCUUUCCUUCCAUUGUAUGUCUUACUGCAAAUGAUUCACUGGACUUUAAUCAUUUGAUUGUAAUGACUACAUGUUUUGUGUUAUGGGACGCCCUUAGAGUGGAUUGCAAUGUAUUUAUGUAAAAUUUCGUAAAAGAGAGAGAUCAGAUACCAAUUACCAGCAGUGUCAAUCACUCAGAAGAUUUACUUUAAACAUUCAUUUUCUGGUUGUAUCUUCAACUGUUAAUGAUCUUUAUCUUUGAACCAGUUUAAUUGUGAACUUUAUGCCCAAACUGUUAAUAUUGAUAUGGAACGUUAGUAGUAAUAAGAUACUUAGGAAUAGGAUAUUCAAUCAUUCACAUUCAGUUUUCCUGUGUUCAAGUGGCUAGAGCUGGACUUUGAUUAAAAAAAAAGUAUCUAGAGCUGGAAUUUGGUAUUGAUGUUAUGUUGGCUGGAUUAUCUUGGUUGAAGUCCAGAGUUCUAGAGUAGGUUUUUAGGAGCUGAUAUUUUAGCUAUGCCCUUAAAGCCCAUUUUGUUCCUUUUCAAACAAGGAGGGAUCAUUUGCUGCUACUCCUUGGCACCCUGUAUGCAUGAUUGUUGCAUCGGGGUCUACUCUAUGAGUAAUUGCUUCAAAUGCCGGAGAGGAAAUGGAAAUGGUAGAAUUGAAAUGGCUAAAUCAUAUUUUGGCCCUUAUUUGGAAGAUUGAGAAGUGGUUUGUCUUCAACCUUUUGAAUGGGAUUUCUUUUUCCCCUAUUCGUCAAUUUGAUGUCCAUGGCUUGCUGCCUCUCUCUUGCCAGUGCUGCUACUUUAUCUCAAAUCUCCUGAACUCAAAGUCUUCAAGCUUACACAUCUAACUUGAAGGGAUAAAAGAGGUUAAUUUUGCCAUGGAGAGCUUUGAUGAGAAGGAUGGAGUUUUUGGGAAUUAUAUGCCGAAAGAACUAAGUAUGAGUAUAGCCAAUGGUACCAAAUUUGUAGAUGAAGUACUAAGUGGUCAAAGUGACCGUUGUCUGGAAAAUUUCCGCAUGGAUAAGCAGGUGUUCUACAAGUUAUGUGAUAUUUUGCAAGCCAAGGGCCUACUACGCCACACAAAUAGAAUCAAGAUUGAGGAGCAGUUAGCCAUAUUCUUGUUCAUUAUUGGCCAUAAUCUACGCACUCGAGCUGUCCAGGAGUUAUUCCGAUAUUCAGGAGAAACCAUUAGUCGCCAUUUCAACAAUGUUUUGAAUGCUAUUUUGGCAAUUUCAUUAGAUUUCUUUCAGCCUCCAGGAUCUGAUGUGCCACCAGAAAUCUUGGGAGAUCCUAGAUUUUAUCCAUACUUUAAGGAUUGUGUGGGAGCAGUUGAUGGCAUACACAUUCCUGUUAUGGUUGGUGUGGAUGAACAGGGGCCCUUCCGUAACAAGAGCGGAUUACUUUCACAAAAUGUUCUGGCAGCUUGUUCAUUUGACCUGAAGUUCCAUUAUGUUCUAGCUGGCUGGGAAGGCUCAGCAUCAGAUUUGCGAGUUCUAAACUCAGCUCUUACAAGGCGCAACAAGUUGCAGGUCCCUGAAGGUAAGUACUAUAUUGUGGACAGCAAAUAUGCAAAUAUGCCAGGUUUCAUAGCCCCAUACAAUGGGAUUCCUCAUCACUCAAAUGAGUAUUCCAGUGGUUAUCAUCCUCAAGAUCUUAGAGAACUAUUCAAUCAAAGGCACUCUAUGUUGAGAAAUGCCACUCAUCGUAUCUUUGGUGCUCUGAAAGCACGCUUCCCUAUAUUGAUGUCAGCUCCCCCAUACCCUUUACAAACACAGGAUAACAUGAUAGAAAUUGAAGAAUCAUUGCCCCCAUUAGAUGUGGAACAGUCAAUGAUGCAAGUUGAGAAGGAGGCUGUGGACAUUGCUUUUGAGACGGAACAGCUCGAGUUUAGUUCACAAUUGCGUGACUCUAUUGCGAGUAAUAUGUGGGAUGACUAUAUCAGUGAUCUGUCAGUUAUGUAGAUGGAUUCAGUGCGGUUUUAGUUUCAGGAUUGGGAAUUCUUUUCAAGAUCAUUGGCCUUAUAAAAUUUUUGAAUUUGAUCUUGAUCAUGGUGUACAUUGGCACACCUUUAGUUUGUUAAUAUAGCAAAGAAAUAUAUUGGUAGAUCAUAACUUUACAAGUGCUUGCUGUACACAAACAUUUGUGAGCAACUGUAUGAUAGGGUUAAAGUUAUGAUAAAAGUUACAGAAUCAUAUUGACAGAUUACUAUUAAGUUGGAGGAUUUUUGGUGCAA